AUGGAGCCUCGUGCGCGGGCCGGCAAAAAUGUCGGCAAGAUGAACUUUGGCUACGGCGAGCUGCGCCAGCUCCUCUACGGCUGCGGCGACGUCCGCGAACCGCUGCCCGACACGAUGCGGCUGCUUGACGAGAUCGCCACCGACUUCAUACAGGGCCUGUCGUUUGAGGCAGCGCGCGUUGCUCACUAUGCGGGCCGGCAGAAGAUCAAAUACGAGGAUUUUGAGUUUGCGCUCCGGCGCAACCCGCUCUUCCUCGGCAAGGUGCGCGAGAUGUUUGAGAUGAGCAAGGAGGUCAAGGACGCGCGCAAGAUGCCGGGCAUCGGCGAGGGCAACCUGGGCAAGGCAGAUGUCAACGAGCUGGCCAAGCUGGGUGGUAUCGGGGAGGAUGCGACGCGAGAGGCAGGUGUUCGAGGCGCGACCGACGGCGACGGUGGCGGUGCGGACGGCCAGGGCAGCACGGUGGCCGUGCCACAGAAGCGCAAGUACAACAAGACGGGCGAGUCCAAGAAGAAGAAGAAGGCCAACGUGGCGCCAGCUUCGGCCGUGGGCGCAGACGAAGGAGACGACUUGGCCGAUCUGGACGACGACAUCGAUGCCGAGCUGAGAUGA